CUGACACUUUCAAACAGUCAGAGGACACUAGGCUCAGCCAUCCUCAGGAACAGUCACAAGGGAACCUCCUUUUGCAUAAAAAAUGGAUAACAGGGAUUUCAUGUUUAUAUUUCUGUUUUUAGGAUGUGUUUCAAAGGCUGCCACAGACAUUUGUGGGAUUUCAGAGUUCUCCAGCCGGAUAGUUGAGGGUACAGAUGCUUCAGACGGAAGUUGGCCCUGGCAGAUUAGUCUAAGAUUUCAGGGCAGCCAUAUCUGCGGGGGAUCCCUGAUCUCGAGUCAGUGGGUGAUGACAGCUGCGCACUGCUUAGAAUUAUCAAACACUACUUCAUUGUACACUGUUGUCCUUGGUGCCUACCAGCUGUCCAUAACCAAUUCCCACCAAGUGACGUCCAACGUGAAUAGUUUUAUAAUCAAUAGUCUGUACGAUGGCCCCUGGUAUACCGGUGACAUCGCUCUCAUCAAACUCUCAAGCAACAUCACUUACACUGAAUACAUUCGACCUGUGUGCCUGCCCCCCGGGUCCAUCAGUUUCACAAACUGCAUGAAUUGCUGGGUUACUGGAUGGGGGGCUACCAGCUUUGGAGGUCAUUUCGUGGACCCUCAGACUCUACAGCAAUUGAUGGUCCCACUAAUUACCAGAGACUCAUGCAAUGCCAUGUACAACAUUAACAGUGGACUUACGUACAAUGUUACCGUAAUCCAGAGUGACCAGAUCUGCGCCGGGUACCAGGCUGGAGGGAAGGACUCCUGCCAGGGUGACUCUGGGGGUCCGCUGGUCUGCCAGGUGGACAAUGUCUGGUAUCAGGUUGGCAUUGUGAGUUACGGAGAUGAGUGUGUUCUCCCAAACAGACCUGGAGUUUAUACCCUCGUAUCCGUUUAUGAAAACUGGAUCAAUUCAACUAUUCCACGUGUAUCAAAUUCCGUGUCUCUUCCACGUGUAUCAGUUCUGCUCCUAUUUGGUGCUCUCACAUUUCUGCUGCAUGCGCCACCACAACCAGAAGCCCGUUUCCUUUCUGACCGGAUCACACAAACGAUUCCCACAAACAUAAGACAGUCAAUAGAAGGACCCCUGACGAACGAAGAAUUUGGAGACAUAGUUAAAAACCUCCCAAUAGGCAAGAGCCGGGGGCCCGACGGCUACACUACUAAAUGUUACAAAACCUUUACAGACUUGCUUCGCAAACCCUUUGCCACUGCCUUUAACUCACUUGUCUUAGGACAUAAACUCCCAGUUGAGUCCCUAGAAGCUCACAUCACACUAAUUCCCAAACCCGGAAAGGAACCUGAGGAAUGUGGGAGCUAUUGCCCAAUUUCUCUAAUAAACUGUGACCUAAAAAUCUUCACUAAGAUUCUAGCCAACCAUCUCAAACCACUCCUGAGAGGACUGGUACACCCAGAUCAGUCGGGGUUUGUGCCUGGUAGGGAGGCCAAGAAUAAUACAACGAAACUACUAAGCUUAAUAAACAUAGCUAAGGGAGAAAGACCCCAGAGCCUCAUUUUAACCAUAGAUGCCGAGAAGGCUUUUGAUAGAGUGGACAGGUCCCUCCUCAAGGCCACAAUGAGAACUCUGGGCUUCGGUCCACAUUGGAUGGACUGGCUCGCAGCCAUAUAUUCAAAUCCGGGAGAGAGAAUAUGGGUGAACGGACAGUUAUCAGACACUAUACAAAUAACCAAUGGUACAAGGCAGGGCUGUCCCCUCUCCCCGCUCCUAUUCAUCCUCACCAUGGAACCAUUCCUACAAGGAAUAAGAGAUAACCCGAACAUAUCUGGCCUUAAAGUAGCGGAACAGGAAUACAAGGUCUCUGCUUUCGCAGACGACCAAUUGUUCACAAUAUCCAACCCAGAAUCUUCACUACAACACCUAAUACAAGAAAUAGAUGCAUAUAAUCUAGUCUCCAACUACAAAGUAAACAUGAUGGUUCAUGUGGUUUUGAUAUCUGCCAGUUUUUCUGUCUGUAAUCAUCACAUACGGAAUGAGAAUCCCUCUAUUCUCUGUAGGACACAGACUGACAUGUUAUCUGUUAUUACAGGGGUCGUGCAAUCUGCUACAGUAACAGCUCCAGACAUUCAGCCUGUGGGUUGUGGCUCCCCAAUAAUCUCCAACAGGAUAGUUGGUGGCACAGAUGCGGGGGAAGGAGAGUGGCCAUGGCAGAUCAGCUUACGAUAUAAAGGGUCCCAUAUAUGCGGAGGGUCCCUGAUCUCCAACCAGUGGAUACUGACAGCUGCACACUGCUUUGUUUAUUCUCUAAAUCCUUCUUCGUAUAACGUGUUCCUUGGUGUCUACAAGAUGUCUGAACCCAGCAAUAACGAGGUCUCAUUUAACGUAAUACAGAUUAUUAAGGACUCUAGCUACAAUGGCCCUGGAACCAGAGGUGACAUUGCUUUGGUCAAAUUAUCAUCUCCCACUACUUUCAACAAUUUCAUUCUCCCUAUCUGUGUGCCAUCAACCUCCACCAUCUUCACAUCUGGCAUGGAAUGCUGGGUCACUGGGUGGGGGAACAUUAACUCUGGAGUGACACUCCCAUACCCUGGUGUCCUCCAAAAAGUGAAGCUACCACUGAUUACUAAAGCUUCCUGUGAUCAGAUGUACCACGUGGGCUCUGCAAUCCGCCCUGGAUACGCCAUAAUACAGAACGACCAGAUUUGUGCUGGGUACCAGGCUGGACAGAAGGACUCCUGCCAGGGUGACUCUGGGGGUCCGCUGGUCUGUGAGGUGCAAAGUGUCUGGUAUCAGGUUGGCAUCGUUAGCUGGGGAGAUGAAUGCGCCCUUCCUGACAGACCUGGUGUAUACACGUUCGUCCCCACAUACCGGGCCUGGAUGGGAUUGUACAACGCAACACUAAAUAAUCCCUCCGUGUCCUUUGCUCCCAGCAUUCCUCUUCUCCUCCUCAGUAUCUGCUUGUUAAUACUUCAAAGGACUAACCAUUUUUAAUCCUUAAUCUUUUUGGUUAAACUGAAUGAACUUUAAAGUCAUAUUUAUCAAAGCCGAACAGAAGCGACUCUGAUGGAACGUGCAAAAUGGAGACCGAUUCAUAUGGAAACUAAGAGGAAGUUCCUUUGCAUUUACUGCUUCGUUCCAGAAUUGCCCGUUUUUGGAUUUUUUUUAUUUUGUGCUACCCAUGGCUGUUAUUCAAUCUAUUUUACAAAGAGAUGUGGGUGAAUUAUAUAUUUUAUAAACUGUGAAUUACUAUAGAAAAACUACCUUAAUUAGAUGGUUUGCAGAGAUGCAAACAUUGUCAAAGAUCUCAUUCGAUAAUAUAAACCAGAGUCCUUUAAAUCAACACUGGGACGAAUUGAGUUUGUACGGUGUCACAGACUAACACACAAAAUGCUGAAAGUAAAGAGAUCGGCCACUCGGGAAAUGCUGGUCUACCUAGUGUAGUUAUAUGUAAAGACAAAAUUGCUUCUAAACUGUUCAUCUUAGAGGGAGCGCGUCUCUGUGAGAGGUCUCCAUAACACGUAGGAAUAAUCCAUUAUUAAGCACUGGGGUAUUUGACUUUUGUUGAUCCAGAAGUCUCUCUGGUUCAUUGAAUGUUAUCAGGACACAAAGUGAUACGGGAUGUAGGUGCAGACAUCUUUUAAUU